AUGAAAAAUCAAACAUCUGUGUACGAGUUCAUUCUUCUGGGAUUAACAAAUGAUCCAAAGCUAAAUAUUUUGAUUUUUGUAUUUCUAUUUUUUACAUAUAUACUGAGUGUAACUGGAAACCUUAUCAUUAUUACCCUCACUCUUAUAGAUUCACACCUCAAAACACCCAUGUAUUUCUUUCUCAGGAAUUUCUCUUUCCUUGAAAUCUCAUUCACAACAGUUUGUAUUCCUAGAUUUCUAGUCAGCAUUGCAACUGGGGAUAUGACCAUUUCCUAUAAUUCUUGUAUGGCUCAGGUGUUUUUCUUCAUACUCCUUGGUUCAACAGAAUUCUUUCUUUUGACUGCUAUGUCCUAUGAUCGUUACGUAGCCAUCUGUAAACCAUUGCAUUACACAGCAAUAAUGAGCAAAAGAAUCUGCAUCCAGCUCGUAGUUAGUUCUUGGCUGGCUGGAUUUCUCAUUAUCUUUCCGCCUGUGAUUAUGGGGCUUCGGUUGGAUUUCUGUGACUCCAACAUCAUUGACCACUUCUCCUGUGACUCUUCUCCUAUGCUACUGAUCUCCUGCACAGACACAGCAUUCUUAGAGCUCAUGGGAUUUCUCCUGGCAACGAUCACUCUCAUGGCAACAUUAACAUUAGUGAUUCUUUCCUAUAUAUUCAUCCUUAAGACAAUUCUGAAAAUCCCCUCUGCUGAGCAAAGGAAAAAAGCCUUUUCCACUUGUUCCUCACACAUGAUUGUUGUCUCCAUUUCUUACGGAAGCUGCAUUUUCAUGUAUGUCAAAACAUCAGCAAAAGAAGGAGUGGCUUUGACCAAGGGUAUAGCAGUGCUCAAUACUUCUGUUGCCCCAGUGCUAAACCCUUUUAUUUACUCCCUAAGGAACCAGCAAGUAAAACAGUCCUUUAAGAACUUAGUCAAAAAAUAUUUCUCAAAUCAAUUUUAA